CAUAACCACAAAAUUUUAAAAUGUACAAAAAUUUACCUUAAAUAACUCCUUGCAGACAUCUUCUGCAACGUUGUUGUUGUCAAACUUAGCCACUUUGAACAUUUUAAUUUUAAUUAACUAUUAGUUAGGACUAUUUUUAAAAUAUAUUGUUCACAACAAAGCAAUCACAAAGGCUUGACAUUUAAAUAUGGUGGCAAAGGUGACGGAAAACUUGCAAAAAUGCUGCAACUCACAGGUAAUAUCAAAUUAAAAUUACGUAAACUCGAGAAAAAUGUUUUAUAAGUUCAGAGUUACUUAACCAUUAAUGUUUUAAUUACUGGCUAAUCAUUCGACGGCAACAUUGUUGCAUGAAUUCACGGAUGUUUUAUUAAUAUUUCAAAACUAUAAAAUGUUCCGAAUUAUCACAAAAACUAUAAAAAAGAAGAAAUUCCAUUAUUCUUUUUCCACCCAAAGUACAAAAUAUAAUAAAGGGCCUGUUGAUGUUUUAAACGAGAAAAUUGCAAAUGGAGAAUUAGAACGUGACGAAAUUCAGCUAAAAGUAGGUAAAUCCCUUCAGCGGAUAUAUGACGAAACGAAGAGCUACCAGCCGCCUGAAAAAAAUUUGUUAAGCAAGUUUUUUUCUAGUCAAAAGAAAGCCCCAAAAGGUCUCUACAUUUACGGCGCUGUAGGCGGUGGAAAGACAAUGCUAAUGGACCUCUUCUACAACACCUGCAACAUCGAUAAAAAGUCUCGGGUUCACUUCAACGAAUUCAUGGUAGAUGUACAUGAGAAAAUCCACGAAACUAAAAAAGACGUGGUGAGAGAUUUCUCAGAGAGAAAAGCCAAACCCUUUGACCCCAUUCCACCCGUCGCGGAUCUCAUUAGUAACCGUGCUUGGAUGAUCUGUUUUGAUGAGUUUCAAGUCACUGAUGUCGCGGACGCCAUGAUUCUGAAACGAUUAUUUACCGUUCUUUUUGAAAAUGGAAUUGUCAUGAUUGCUACAAGCAACAGAUCGCCUGAUGAUUUGUACAAAAAUGGCUUACAAAGGUCCAACUUUGUGCCAUUUAUUCAAGUGCUGAAAGACCACUGUGAGAUCAUCACUCUAGACUCUGGGAUUGAUUACAGAUUGAAAAGCCAAACGACCAAAUCAAAUUAUUUCGUUAAAUCCGAACAUAAAUUGGAUCCAAUCAAACCAAUCUUCAAGUAUCUGUGUUCCAAAGAAAACGAUAUCGUCCGCAAUCGCACUUUCACAAUCCAAGGCCGCGACGUGACCUUCAAUAAGGCAUGUGGUGGAGUUUUGGAAACCACGUUUGAGGAGUUGUGUGACCGGCCUUUGGGCGCCAACGAUUACCUCCACUUGGCCCAAUUUUUCCACACUAUUAUCAUUCGCGAUGUUCCCCAAAUGAGUUUGAAAAUUAAAUCGCAAACGCGCCGAUUCAUCACUCUAAUUGAUGCUUUCUACGACCAUAGAAUUAAAGUCGUAAUCAGUGCCGAGGUUCCUAUUAAAGACCUUUUCUUGCGGCAAAAACUUGAAGUCGGGAUAAGCGAUGAGCAAAGAAUGUUAAUGGAUGAUUUAAAAAUCGGGAAAGAGGAUGCCGCAACGGCGAGUAUAUUUACCGGAGACGAAGAAAUUUUCGCUUUCGAUCGGACUAUCUCACGCUUGACUCAGAUGCAGAGUGAAGAAUAUUGGAACACCGAUGGGACGAGGUGAAAAUAGUUGUUUUUAGGAGAAUCAAUUGUUUUUUAAAGAGAUAAUGAUCACAGUAUUUGUUUCAUGUAGGUACUUAUAAAUUAAUUGCUUGUUAAAUUAUUUAAUAAAUUGAUGUUUUA